AUGGAAAAAAGGACAAGCUUAAGCUCGAACAAAUCUGCCUCCCAAUUGAAGCCACCUUUGUAUCAGAAAAAAAGUCGCGACGCUCCCAGCGACAGAUACGAAAGCAAAGCCAGCCUCGCCUCCACCAACAAGUCCACCUCGCAACACAGCAAGUUGGCACUUGUUGACAAGAAGAAGAAAUACAAAGAAGCCAUCAAAGCAGCGAACAACAUCGCCGCCCACAAUCCAGACGACGACGACGAAGAGCAACCGGAGGCACCGAAGAAAGAAGAGGAAGAGGAGCAGAAGGAGGAGAAGCUGAAAAGUGACGAGGAAGAGAAGCCGAAAGAGGAAAAACGUGAUAAGCGACCCAGCCAAGCUUCUAUAAAAAAAGGUGACGAUGAAAAAAAAGAAAAGAUAAAAGAUAAAAAGAGCGUGUCGGGGGGCAAAAAAGAAGGAGAAGAAGAAGAAGUGGACUGUACGGAGGAGGAAGAGAAGGAAGGAAAAAAAAAUUGCAAGAAGAAAGGAGAUGAUUUUUGCAGCAAGAAUGCCCAAGGUGGAGAGGGGCGAGGUCGAGGACAAAGGAAUCAGAACUACCAGCCGGAAGAUAGUAGCAAGCGAUGCUGUUGUUUCACCUUUGAUCAGCUGAAGAAAACAAGAAAUACAGAUUUCUCGUGUAUCUGUAAGAAUAGAUUCAGCGCCAGUACCUGUGGACAGGAGGAAUCAAAUCAAGGUUUCGGACGGGGAGGAGGAGGAGGAGGAGGUAGUGGUGGUUGUGGGGGCGGUGGAAAUUACGGUGGAGGUUACAACGGUGGGGGAGGUUACAACGGGGGUGGAGGUUAUGGCGGCAGAGGUGGAAACGCGGGAGCAUACGAUUAUAGGUCUAAUUUAAACAGACAAAACAACAGGCAAAAAAAUAUAGGUGCAAUUCCAAACGAAAAUGACAUGACUUGCUUCUGUGCUUGUUAUCCAAAUAUUAAUGGCAUAAACUCAGGAAUGAAUCCUGGAAUGGGACCGGGAAUGGAUCCUGGAAUGGGACUGGGAAUGAAUCAAGGAAUAGGACCGGGAAUGAAUCAAGGAAUGGAUCCAGGAAUAAACCAACAAAUGACUCCAGGAAGGAAUCAAGGAAUGGGUCCAGGAAUGAAUCAAAGAAUGGGAUUGGGAAUGGGCCCUGGCAUGGGACCAGGAAUGAACCAAGGAAUGGGCCCGGGAAUGUACCAAGGAAUGAACCAAGGGAUGGGCCCAGGACAGACUCCCAAUCUGCAAACUAAAAUGAAUUUUGGAAUGGGUCAAGGAUUUAAUCGUGGAAAUUCUCCUAUGGCAAUGCCGCGACAGCAAGAGCCAUGGAUGCAGGGAAAUGAUUUCCAACAGACACAGGGUAUGGACUUAUCCCUGAACGACCCCAGUCCAACUGAUUCAUGUGCCACACCGUGUGUGGCAGCGGCCCUGGAUAGAAUCAACAAAGCAGUUAACGAUGCGUACAGGGCUUGUGGCGAACAAGCAAAAUUUGAUAUAAACUCUCCUUUCAUUGCUACCAUGCAAGUCAGAAAUGGGGUUCCUGUAUCUCCCAUGAUCCCGUGCUCUCCAAUGCCAACUGGUGGUGGACCUGGAACUCCCUUUUCACCUCAAACACCUGACACUCCUGGAAUGAAUCAGUUCUCCAUGAGUCCAGAUGGAAACAUGGGUGGUCAAAUUCCGGAUUUUGACGACAAGGCGUGCACUUUGAGUGAGAUUAGGUACAUAUUCAGAUGA